GGAGCCGGACGCAGCCCGAGUCGGUGCAGCCCCGGGCUGAAGCGGCGGCGGCGCCCUGUCCCGCGGGAGGGAGGAUGGCGGGGCCCGAGCCGGGCUACAUCCGCACGGUGCUGGGCGCGGGGCCGGUGGACAGCUCCACGCUGGCGCUGCCGUCCGAAGCCAGGCUGAGGCGGGUGGGUGGGGAGGACAAGGCGCAGCGCAUCCAGCGGCAGGUCCAGCAGACGCUGGCCCGGCGGAGCUUCCCGGGUAGUCUUCAUCGAGCCAACAGUGUUCCAGAGUAUGUUUAUAAACUGGGCAUGACUGAAAAUGAUUCCGUGUCAAGACCUUCAUACGGAGGCACAUAUUAUCAAUCUGACAGGGCAGGCUCACCAACUACUUUUACAAAUGGCUGGGGGAAUAGAUCCUUACAAUAUAAUGUUUACACGACAGUAGAAGACAGGUCUCAAAGGCAGCCUCUAAAGAGAUUAGAGAUUUGUCCCCAGAGUAGCCCCGAGAAGAUGGUAUUUGUGCACAAUGAUUUCUAUUACAACAGAGGGAAUCAGUCUGGAUUCACUCGAAGGCAUGGAGAUAGUAGGAGGUCCAAUGUUGUUGUUUCACCAAGAUACGCUCGCUCUGACAUCAUUAGUUACAGCAAGGAGGCUUCUAUAAGCAGAGGGCGUAGUUAUCCAAGACAAUUCCAUAUAGGGCCCAUUAGUAACACAGUCUUUGACAGUCCCCCUACUAGCCCUGCUGUACCUUUGUACCAACAAGAUGGGAGCAGUCGCAGUAUGACCAACCUCCUGGAGAAAGAGAACUACUUGACCUUGGGUAGUGCCAUGGGACAAGUCAGAUCAUCUAUUGCAUCCCAAAUUGCAGCUCAGAACAGACUAUCCUUGAGGUCUAGCUGGCACCGAAACACAGCCAGAAGCACACAAACCAAAAGAGAAGUUUCCAAGCCAACUUCAGUGACAACUGGCGCUGCAGAGACUGACGCGAGGAAGAUGGCACUGACAGCUGCUGUGGCGGCAGCAGGAACUGGUUUCUUACAGACUGAAAGAGUAGCCACUACUGGAUCUCAGCUACGGAAUCCAGAAAGGGAGAUGACCAUGGAAUAUGCAAUCAACAUAUUGGAUAACGAAAAUACGUCAUCGCCAUCAUCACUGUCAAGGAUACUUGCUGCAAUUACCUUUAUACAGCAUGAAUGUUUUCAGAAAGCAGAAGCCAGACAAAGAGUUUAUUCUCUUCACGGUAUUCCCAAGCUUCUACAAAUCCUGAAUGUGCAAAAUGAGGACAUCCAGCGGGCAGCAUGUGGAGCCUUGAGGAACUUGGUGUAUGAGGAUAAUGACAACAAGCUGGAAGUAUCUGACCGGAAUGGGAUUCCAGUCCUGCUCCGUUUACUCAGACAAACCAGGGAUGUGGAGACUAAAAAGCAAAUAACAGGUUUGCUGUGGAACAUGUCCUCCAAUGACCAGCUGAAAACCAUGCUGAUGAGAGAUGCCCUGCAGCAACUGACUGAGACAGUUCUCAUCCCCUACUCUGGCUGGCCAGAUAGAGAUUACCCCAAGUCAGGUGUCUUAUCUGACCCUGAUAUCUUCUACAAUGCCACAGGAUGCCUGAGAAACAUGAGUUCUGCUGGCCCAGAAGGAAGGAAAAAAAUGAGAGAAUGUGAUGGUUUGAUUGAUUCUCUUGUUUAUUACAUCCAAGGAACUAUUGCAGACCAUCAGCCUGAUAACAAGGCCACAGAGAAUGGUGUGUGCAUUCUUCACAACCUUUCCUACCAGCUGGAGUCAGAGCUUCCCAGCAGUUACUCUCAGCACAUCUACAUGCAAAGAAGAAGUAUCCCCAUUUAUGAGAAAAAACUUGGUUGCUUUGGAAUACGCAGCAGAAAAGUGAAAGAGAAGCAACAAGACACCCCGCUGCCUGAGGAAAAGAGCAAUCCCAAAGGUGUAGAAUCACUUUGGCACUCCACACUGAUUAGGAUAUAUCUCUCCUUAAUAGCCAAAAGUACGAGAAACUACACCCAAGAAGCAUCCCUGGGAGCUCUCCAGAAUCUCACCGCUGGUACUGGACUGAUGCCUUUUGCAGUAUCCCAGACCAUUGUCCGGAAGGCAAACGGCCUUCCAAGUAUUCGAAAUAUGCUACAUGUGACCUACCCAGUCGUAAAGAAGACAGCAGUCUCAUUGCUUAGGAACUUAUCUCGUAACUUGUCUCUGCAGAAUGAGAUAGCUAGAGAAGUUUUACCUGAUUUGGUCUCCAUACUUCCUGACUCUGUCCCAAAUCCUGAUGAGGUUGUCAGUGAUACCACUGCUUCUAUCUGCUACACCUUGUACAACUUAACCCAAAACAAUUCCCAGAAUGCACGGGUUCUCCUAAAUACUGAUGGCCUUCCAAAGAUUAUGAACAUCAGCAUAAGUGACAGUGCUACAUUCAACAAAGCUGGCAAAGCUGCCUCAGUCCUCCUGUACUCCUUGUGGUUGCACACUGAUCUCCACAAUGCCUACAAAAAGGCUGAAUUCAAGAAGACAGAUUUCAUCAAUAACCGGACAACCAAAGCCUACAACUCACUAAAAGACUGAAGUUGGCUACAUUGAUAUUAGAGAGAUGAGAAUAUGUAUGGAUUUGUAUAGUUGUCUUUCAGUGUCAGUUCUACCACUAUGAACUGUGAAACGUCUCAGAAAAGACUGACUUUUGUAUGUGACCUGAAUGACCAGAGGAAACCUGUCCUUGCCUUUAUCCUACUCAUAUUGUUCUCAAUUUUACUUAACAAUAUGAACAGCCAAAGAUGAUAAUCUUUAGGAUUCCUGGUGCAACCUUUCAGGCAAGCUCACUAAUAGUCAAUGCAUCUAAUCUAACAGCAGUUUAUGCAGAGAGGUUGGGAAUUCUAACUAGCAAAAUAUUCUUUAUAGGCAACAUUUUAAAUGAGGAAUCCUCCAGGGGUGACUUUAAAUUGCACUGCUCAGGAAGUAGUAUUUUUUUAUUCACAAUAAUAAUUACUCUUUGAGCAUGUGCAGUGCUAAAACUGUACCUCCAGGCUGUGCAGUUGAACAGAACAAACCGAAGAUUUUUUUUUACUACAUGCAUUUUAUAAAACACUGAAAGAGUUAGUUAUUUGGAGGGGGGUCUGUAUUUUCUGUAUUAAUAUAUUCACUGACUCCCAGAGCUUCUUUGCUUUGAGAGCGCAGCAGUGGCAGCAGCACUGACAGAAUGUAAAGUCUCCACUGUUUUAUGAGAACUGACAGCCUGAUCAUCCUAUUCUCCUCUGCACCUUCCUCUCACUACUGCAAGGCUUGGUGACUGUCCCAGCAAGAGUUUUAAAUAGUAUAAAAACAUGUCAGGUACAUUGGGUUGAGUUCUGAUCUGUCAGUCAGUGCUAACUGAGUAAAUUGCAGCUGGUAAUUCAUGGCUAAUUUUAAGAAAUGUUCCAUUUAAAAAAGCAUUCUGUUGAUGGCUGUAUAUUGGAAAGGGUGCAGAGAUUGAUUCCUUUUCUUUCUUACUAAGUAUGAAAGCAUGAGAUUAGCAUCAUUCUUGCUUAGGACCUCAUCUGAACCUUACUCGUAUUCGCUCAGCUGGAAUCAUAAUCCUCCCCACAGUUAUGCACUGUUAUGUGCUGAUUGAAGGAGUUUUACUUUAGAUGUGGGAACAGGUAACAGGAGAAGAUAGGAUUCAAAGUAACACAAGACUCUGUUUUCAUUCUUUGUUCCUGGGGGAGGGGAAGGAAGAGAAGCCAAAAUGCUGAAAACAUAUGAUGGCCUCUUUUAGCAGGAAUUAAUGGGUUUUUCUUAGUAUUCUUUGAGCCAGCAACUGUUCUUCAAACGCAAAAUAAAAAACACAAAAACACAACAAAAAAACC